AUGGUACGUGUUUUUUCGUGCCAUAAUUUCACAUCACAGCAAGUGUUUAGUACCCAAUCAGAACCCAUUGCCUUGUGCUGUGCUGGCAAUAUUGUCUUUGUAUCUACUGAUGUAUGCAAUAUUGAAAUAUAUACCAUUGGAGAAAAGAACUGCCAACUAACUCACAGAUUUAACACCAUAGCCCUGGUGCAGCAAUUACUCUACAAUGAGCAAGGGAAUUAUAUUGCCACAUUAGAAUUGAAGACGACGAGACAUCAACCUGUGACGUUUGUCAGAGUGUAUUUCAACUGGCAGACAUGUACGACGCAACAACCUACAAGGGCACGUGUUGCUGGACAGAGUGUUCGUUGGUCGGAAACAACUGCAAAUAUACUUGAAGUGGUGGAACUGCCAUUGAAAGAAUCAUCAAAACAUAUUGCAAGCUGUAAUAAAACUGGAAAUUUGAUAGUUGCCAUGGGAACCACUUUAAAUCUGUUUUACCAUUGUAGUAAGACACUGGGAUCAUCCAGCUUCGUGUACAGUGAUUUUGAACAAGCGCUAGUUAUUAACAUUGGGUUCAACAUCUUGGAAGUGGCUGUAUGUGGAGACUACAUCGCCAGUAUUUCAAAGAGCACGAUUCGAGUCAUCAAAUUAGUCUGGUCCAAACAACAUGGCCCAGAGAGAAAGCGGUCUUCGUAUCAAGUAUUCCAACGGGAUCACUCGACCGGAAGUGUGGACACUUAUGAAGGUGACAAUUCUUUUGAUUCAAACCCACCAAUAGAUGAAGAUACAGAGACUCCGAACAGAAGUGCAGCUGUAUCACCAUGGCAACAGGUUGUAUUCAAUGACUUGUAUGUUGGAGAGGAAUACGAAGUACCUCCUGUGGAUGACGAUGACUAUGUAUUGUGGGAUUUCUCUACGACACUGCAUUCUAAAAUGGGUGAUGUAAUAUCUCCAGCUUGUGUUCUUCAGGAGGCGUCUCUCACUGACGAAAAAGAUGAACCAGUUGAAAUAACUGGCCCUGUGGAAACAGUUGCCGGGCAACCAAUUACAGUGGAGUGGACAAGGAAGUACAAGACUAGACCUCUCAUCAGCAGUACCACUAUCUUGUACAAAUGUUGCAAGUUUCCUGGUGAUGCAACUGAGCAAUAUUUGCACUCGUUAAAACUUCUGCCAACAUAUCAGAAAAGUAGCAGACGAGAUAGAUUGGUGGGCCUGAGUUGUUUUGUGAGUGGGUUCCAUGAAGGUUUUAUGUAUGAUGUCUACAACUGUGACUGUACACUGUUGUCUACAUACAACUACACUGCUAAGUCAAAACUUGUGACAACCACGGACAGUUUACUCCAUGCUGUCACACACAAUGGUGUGGAGACGUAUACUAUCAGAAAAAUGGCAGCCGCUCUGGUUCAGAUCAAUGAACCCUCACAAAAUUUGGCCAUACCACCCGCCACAGCAGAUAUUUGUCUGAUUGGUUUCCGCCAGUUCUUUGAUAUUACCGCAGUCUCAGCAGCUGACAAUUUCAUCAUAUUGGUUUCUAAGGCGAUGGAUUCACCUAGUGCUACUAAAAAUUGGAGUAUCUAUGCUCUAGAGAUGCAGGACCCAAUUGCUUUAUAUCAAGAUAUGUUACAAUUAGCAGCAAGGUAUCAAGUAUCAAACUCCUUAGCUUAUCAACAAUUAUUAACUGAGGCAUAUCUUCUUAUCAAAUCAUCUGUUUACUAUGAGAAACAUCAAACUGAUUCUGACAAACUACAAGAGCUGAUCAAGAACUGCUGUGCAUUACUUGGACACCAUUAUGCAAGAGAUAGCGGUAAAGAAUGUGUUCUCUCAAUACCGUAUUACAAAAUGUCUGGGCUGUGUUUACCGGAUAUCGUCAGUAAUCAUAAACAGGAUAUCAAGAUAAAGGAAAGUUGCUCUCGAUAUUCAGGUUUGUUACAUUACAUGGACUCUGUAUUAUUUACACCAACAUCAGAUGAUAACAUCAAUGAGGAGACAAGUGAUAUAAUUCUUGAAAUCUAUAAUACUUAUAAACCGACAAAGCUUUCAGAAGUGAUAUUGGUUUCUAAUCUAAGACAAUACAGUGAUGAAAAGGCACUAUUGAUGUUACAGAGUAACAGUACUCAUAGAGAUGAGAAACGAACCCUGGAAAAAUGUCAUUCCCUAGAUUGUGUGGCAACUUCCAUAUUGUAUCUUAGAAUGUGUGAACCAGAAGCCGCCUGUUCUGUCUUAAUGUCCAUGACAAAAGAUGCUAUCACUGAUGUAUUUGUACAACAUCACCAUUUACUAUUAGAUGAUAACAAAGCAGGACUGUCUCAUAUAGGGCAGUUACUAAGAAGACACAGAGCAGAUGUAUUGAUAGAGAUACUAAUUCAUCUCCAUGACAACAAUAGUAUAGACAUGGAUAGAGCACUUGAUUUGUUAGAUAUUAAUGUUGGUGAAUUACAUCACAACACUCACAUUCGAAACUACUUAGAGGCGUUGAUAUCGGCCAAUGAGCGAGAGUCUAUUUAUCCCAAAGUCCUGGAGUUGCUGCUCAGAAUUUACCUGGAUAGAUUAAAUGAACAAAGUGAAGACCCCUUUGCUGGCAGUCCAGCCAAGACACACCCACACUCACAUGUGCUGAGAGGAGACGGUCAUUUUGCUACCAGAUAUAUAUGGCUUGAUGAAUUACCGCCAUUUAAAGGAAGUAGAUCACUUGGUCAACAAUGUGAACAUGCUAAAAGCCAAAGUUUUCCAAGAGCUUCAUCACCACUGGGUUACUCUAGGUCAACGUCUCCACAUAGCUUUACAAGGACCUCAUUACCUCAAUCUAUCACACAUGGUGUAACAAGGAUUGCCAACGAACCAUGUCCAUGUUGCUGUUGUAAUGAAGAUCUGUUGAAACUACAGUCUCUUCUGUGUUGGAAAUCAGUGGCACAAGAGACAACUCAGAAAGUUUUGUCAUCUCUGGUGAAAACGAUGAAAGGUUUCAUUUCACUGGAACUUCUCUGUCAGUCACGGCUUAAUAUUACUGCUGCUAAUGAGAUAAUUGUUGAGAAUUAUCCGCAUCUGAUAUUAGAUUAUGCUAAUUCUAUGGCAUUAUGGGAGUCUGCAAACCACUAUGUGGCGCUGUUGCAGAUGUUAUUGGCUAAAGUGAACACAGAGGGCAGCUCCAUGGCUUACAAUACAGAAGAUACUAACUCUGUUUAUAUGGAUCAAUUCGAAGGUGUACUUUCAGUGGUGGUGGAAUUACUAGACCCAGUGAGUUUGUUGACACUUCUUCCCUCCAGUGGAUCAUGUAGUUUUUUUCUGCCAUACAUUGAGCGGUGUUAUAAGAAAUACAAGGCUGAACAGUUGAAGGAAGAAAUCAUUCAGUUAGUCAAGUAAAAACUGCAAGGUCAGAAAUGCCAUCAUUUUUUUCUACAAAAAUAUUGGUGCCUUAUUUUGCUCAUUUUUACUUAUUUGUUUUAUUAAUUUUUGACCAUAUGGUUGUAAUUUUCAAUUGCAUACACAUUUUGAUAGACAUUUUUGAAACAGUUUAGAAAACGAUUCAUGGCAAUAUUUUUUUUUUAAGGUGCAAAUAUUGACUUUUGCGUUGAA